UCGGGAUUUCAGACUUUCAUUCAUCACAACCGUUGAAUGAAUAUCGAACUGCUCACAUUUUAUAAUGAUGAAUAAAACUUAUCGAAUGUUUGAACCGUCCAAUCCUAAUCUAACGAGAAUUGGGAACAAAGCUGAGAAAAUUUGUGAUCAAAGAAUUACAGUCGUAAACUUCGAUUUCACAUUACACACUUCCAUUCAGCAUCCACUCCAAUCCAACUCUUACCAUGGCAGCAGAACUUGUUGGUGGUGCUCUUCUUUCCGCUUUUCUUCAGGUUGCAUUCGACAAGCUGACUUCUCCUCAAUUUGUUGACUUCUUUCGUGGAAGAAAACUUGAUGAGAAGCUGCUCGGCAACUUGAACAUCAUGCUGCACUCCAUCAAUGCUCUCGCUUAUGAUGCAGAACAGAAGCAGUUUACAGAUCCACACGUUAAAGCAUGGCUUUUUUCUGUCAAAGAGGCUGUCUUUGAUGCAGAGGAUCUCUUGGCUGAAAUAGAUUAUGAACUCACCAGAUCCCAAGUGGAAGCUGAAUCCGAACCUCAAACCUUUACUUACAAGGUAUCAAAUUUCUUCAACUCUACUUUUAGUUCGUUUAACAAGAAAACUGAAUCAGAGAUGAAAGAAAUCUUAGAAAAACUAGAAUAUCUUGCAAAGCAAAAGGGUGCUCUUGGUUUGAAAGAGGGUACUUAUUCUGGUGAUAGAUCAGGUAGUAAAGUGUCACAGAAAUUGCCAUCAUCUUCUUUGGUGGUUGAAAGUGUUAUUUAUGGCAGAGAUGCUGACAAAGAAAUUAUCUUUAAUUGGCUUACAUCUGAGACCGACAAUCAUAACCAUCUAUCCAUACUUUCCAUAGUAGGAAUGGGUGGGUUGGGUAAGACAACACUCGCCCAGCAUGUAUACAAUGACUCAAAAAUGGAGGCUAAAUUUGAUAUAAGAGCUUGGGUGUGUGUUUCCGAUCAUUUUGAUGUUUUGACAGUGACAAAAACAAUUCUUGAGGCAAUCACGAAAUCUAAAGAUGAUAGCAGAGAACUAGAGAUGGUUCAUGGAAGAUUGAAAGGAGAAGUAUCAGGAAAGAAAUUUCUUCUUGUUUUGGAUGAUGUUUGGAACGAAAGACAAGAAGAAUGGGAAGCUGUGCGUACUCCUCUUAGCUAUGGGGCUCCAGGAAGUAGAAUUCUUGUCACAACACGUGCUGAGAGAGUUGCUUCUAACAUGAGAUCUGAAGUGCAUCGUCUAAAGCAAUUAGAAGAGGAUGAAUGCUGGAAAGUUUUCAUAAAACAUGCACUAAAAGGUGAUGAUCUAAAAUUGAACGAUGAGCAAAAGGAGAUCGGAAGAAGGAUAGUUGAGAAAUGCAAAGGAUUACCUCUGGCUUUGAAAACCAUUGGAAGUCUUUUGCACACAAAGUCAUCCAUUUCAGAUUGGAAAAGUGUAUUGGAAAGCGACAUAUGGGAGUUACCGAAAAAAGUUAAAAUUAUCCCUGCUUUACUAUUGAGUUAUCAACACCUUCCUUCUCACCUAAAGAAGUGUUUUGCUUAUUGUGCGUUAUUUCCAAAAGAUUAUGAGUUUGUGAAGAAGGAAUUAAUUUUGUUGUGGAUGGCUGAAGGUUUUCUCCAUCAUUCUCAUGAGAACAAGAAUGUAGAAGAAAUUGGUGAACAGUAUUUCGAUGAUUUAUUAACGAGGUCUUUCUUUCUUCAAUCAACCGUCAUAAAGAAAUUCGUCAUGCAUGACCUUCUUAAUGAUUUGGCAAAAUAUGUUUGUGGAGACUUUUGUUUCAGGUUUAAAUUUGAUAAAGGAAAUAGUAUACCCAAAACAACUCGUCAUUUUUCAUUUGCAUAUGCUGAUUUUUCAUUUGCAUCCGCUGAUGUAAGAUUUUUUGAUGGUUUUGGGAGUUUAAAAAGACUGCGUUCAUUUGUUCAGAUUACAAAUAACGUUAGAGGUCCCGGUAUUCCUUAUCUAUUCGAGAGUAUACAUGAAUUGUUCUCCAAGUUGAAGUUUUUACGUGUCUUAUGUUUGAGUGGAUAUAAUGACAUGAAAGAGGUCCCUAAUUCUGUUGGUGAUCUUAAACACCUCCAUUCAUUGGACCUUUCUUAUACUUGUAUACAAAACCUACCCGACUCAGUAGGUUUACUCUAUAACUUGCUGAUAUUGAGGUUGAAUGGUUGUUUUUAUUUUAAGGAAUUGCCUUCAACUUUGCAUAAACUCACCAAAUUGCGUUGCCUGGAAUUUGAAGGUACACAAGUGACAAAAAUGCCAAUGCAUUUUGGAGAGUUGAAGAAUCUUCAAGUACUGAGUACGUUUUGUGUUAAUAGAAAUAAUGAGGUCACCAGUAUUAAGGAACUAGGAGGACUCAAUCUUCAUGGAAGGCUAUCAAUUAAUGAGGUGCAAAAUAUUGUGAAUCCUUUGGAUGCAUUAGAAGCAAAUUUGAAAAAUAAACACCUUAUGGAGCUAAAUUUAAUAUGGCAUCGGAAUCAAAUCCCCGAUGAUCCAAGGAAAGAGAAGAAAGUGCUUGAGAAUCUACAACCUUCUAAUCAGUUGGAGCAUCUUUCAAUCAGGAGCUAUUGUGGUACACAAUUCCCAAGUUGGAUAUUCGAUAAUUCCUUAUCAAAUUUGGUAUCCUUAGAGUUAGAGAAUUGUAAAUAUUGCUUAUGUUUGCCUCCCCUUGGACUAUUGUCAUCUCUGAAGACCCUCAAGAUUACAGGACUUGAUGGAAUAGUGAGUAUUGGUGCUGAAUUUUAUGGGAGCAACUCUUCUUCAUUCAAGUCCUUGGAAAGGUUGGAAUUCUACUGCAUGAAGGAAUGGGAAGAAUGGGAAUGUAAAACUACUUCUUUUCCACUUCUUCGGCAGGUUGGUAUUGUUCAAUGUCCCAAACUGAAAAGUCUGCCAGAGCAACUUCUUCAUUUAAAGGACCUAUCUAUUCAGUCAUGUGAUAUCCUCAUCAUUAGCGAACACAGCGUAGUCACAUCAACUCUUGAAGUCUUGCAAACUUAUUCAUGCCCACUUGUGAAUAUUCACAUGACCCAUUAUGAUUUCAUUGAAGUACUGAUAAUUAAUGGUGGUUGUGAUUCUCUUACAAUCUUUCAGCUAAAUUUCUUUCCAAUGCUUCGUCUUCUUUAUCUACAUGGAUGCCAAAACCUACAAAGAAUAUCACAAGAGCACGUUCAUAAUCAUCUCUUUGAAAUGUCAAUCUAUGAAUGUCCUCUGUUUGAAUCAUUUCCCAAUGAAGGAUUAUCUGCACCAUUGGUACAAAUAAUUAAAAUUGGAAGAGCGGGGAAUUUGAAGUUGUUGCCAAAAAACAUGCAAAUCCUACUUCCAUCUCUCACUGAACUGGAGAUAAUUGAUUGUCCAAAAGUGGAAAAGUUCCCAGAUGGAGGUUUGCCACCAAACGUAAAAGACAUGUCUCUUUCAAGUUUAAAACUUACCGCCUCCCUGCGAGAGAACUUGGAUGUCAACACAUGUCUUGAAAGCUUAUAUAUUAAAUAUCUUGAUGUGGAGUCUUUUGCCGAUGAAGUUUUGCUGCCACCUUCUGUUACAUCUUUAACAAUCUAUGGUUGUCGAAAUCUGAAAAAGCUAGACUACAAACUUCUCUAUAACCUCUCCUCUCUCACACUUUUUGAUUGCGGUAACCUCCAAUUCUUACCUGAGGAGGGCCUGCCUAAAUCCAUCUCCUCUCUUUGCAUUUUGGACUGUCCAUUGCUCAAGCAACGAUGUCAGAAGCCAGAAGGCAAAGACUGGAGAAAGAUUGCUCACAUUGAAAAUCUGAGAGUUUGAUAAUAAGAUUAAGCAGAAGUUCAAAAUUAGAUGUGCACCUAAUUCUUCUCAUAUUCUAAUUGCAUGCCUUCGGCAAACUCUUCCUUGUUUUGACGUUUUUUUCUAUUAGAGUGGCAUCAGAUCUCUUAGUUUGAAAUUAUAUUUAUUUGUUUGAACCAUAAAGAAAAAUAAA